AUGAUUAGGAUAAUACCGAAGUUAUCAAGUAGAAACUUGAUUAAUGUAACAUGUCGUUAUUCAUCUUCUAUACCUUAUGGACAAGUCAAACCAUUCACUCGUAAUGAUGCUUCAUACUUAGGUGAUGCCUUAUCUAUUGAUGGAUCAAUUGAGACCGUUGCUUUGAAAUUUGAAAGACAUUCACCACCAAAUCAUAAUCAUCAAACUGAUGCUAAAUCACCAGUAAUCAUCUUACACGGAUUAUUUGGUUCCAAAACUAAUACUAGAACAGUCUCCAAACAAUUGGCUCAACUUUUACAUCGUAAUGUUUACUGUCUUGAUUUACGUAAUUUUGGUGAAUCUCCUCAUAUUAAUAGAUUAGAUUAUCCUUCAUUAGCAGCCGAUGUGGAAAGAUUCAUUGAUGAAUCUAAAUUCGAAUCCAAGCCAAUCUUAGUGGGUCAUUCAAUGGGUGCUAAAACUGUUAUGGCUGUUGCUUUAAGAAGACCUGAUUUAGCAAAAAUGGUAGUAUCGGUUGAUAACGCUCCCGUUGAUUUAUCAGGUUCUAAUGCUUCGAACUUUGGUAAAUAUGUCAAUCAAUUGAGAUUAGCAUUAGAAAAAUAUCAAUAUACUAAUAUUAAAGAUGUUGAUAGAGAAUUAGCUAAAGUUGAAUCAAACAUAGUGGUAAGACAAUUCUUAUUGACUAAUUUAAAUCGUGGAAAAAAGGAAGAUAUCAUAAAAUCAAAGAUCCCUCUUGAUGUUAUUGGAAACAGCAUAGCAAAUGGAUCUAUCGCUGCUUGGCCAUUUGAUUCAAAUUUAGUUAGAUGGUCAAAAGGUCCAACUUUAUUCAUUAGAGGUUCAAAAUCAAAAUAUGUGCCUGAUGAUAUUUUACCUGAUAUAGGUAGUUAUUUUCCAGAUUUUGAAAUUAGAGAAAUUGAAGCUGGUCAUUGGGUUAUAAGUGAAAACCCAGAAGAAUUUAAAAAAGUUUUAGUUGAAUUUAUUGAAAGAAAAGAAGAUGAUAUCUAA